UCAGUCAUUAAAAGAAAACGUUUUCACAAUAAUUUCUAAGGAUGUACCAUGAACCUUCUUCUUUUAAGAGCAUGUAAACAAUAUCAACAUCUACUUGUACCUACAUAAUUUACUUAAGAGAACUUUUUGAAGAUACAAAACUACAAAUCUAAGAGAAACGCAACCACCUUGUGACUUGUGAGUAAAAAAAAUAAACAACAAAAACAAACAUUAAAAAAUAAAAAUAAAAAUAAAAAUACAACACACACGCGAGCCGCAUCUUAAUCCAAAACAGUCUCCAUCUGUCUGUGCAAAACAAAACCACGUUUUUCAUCCCCCCAAAUCAAAUCACUGAAUCAUUUAGCACAAGAGCCGAUUACCUUAUCGCUUUGCUUUUUGCCUCGUGCUCGGCACACCACGGCGUAUGCGCACUUUUUUACAAAGAGAAACCCUCUGAAAUUCUGUUUAAAAUUAGAUUCUUUUUUGUACUCAAAAACUAACAAACCGACCGCGACCGUCUGAAAGCUCCAGGCAAACGCACACGUUCGGAGAAAAGAGACCCGACUCGCGUAUCCUUCAACAUGAGUUUUCCACCUCCGCAGAGUCUGAAAAGCGCACACCAGCCCUCAGUUUUUCACAGCUUAUAGAACAUUUCGGUCCGAGUUAAAAAUUCCUCCUGGGUCGCUAUCGGUAUAAGGGAAAAAAAAUCUUAGUGCAAAGUGUAUAGAAAAUUCUUGUAUUAUUUUUCAUUCAAAUUAAAUGAGAUGGAAAAUAUUUUCCAAUCAAAAAAUGCUCAAGUGUGAAAUCCAUGUGUGAAGCCUGAACGAGUGCUAUAAAUUGCAGGCUAUUAAUUGUCUUUUUUUCGUGAAAAAUUAAAAAAAAAAAAGAAAGAAAAAAAAACGGGCAGGGAAAACCACCCUUGCAUGAGAAAAAUUGUCGAUUUCGAUUUGCGAAAAAUAUAUUGUUUCCUAAUUGAAUUUAGGUGGAAAAUUUUCAGAUUUAAAUUGGAAUUAUGUGCGGAGGCGCUUUUUAUAGAUUAAGAUCGUUUGCCGGCGGGAUAAUCUUUUCCUACAUAAAGUAUUAAGAGUCAUCGUCGUCGUUCACACAAAAGUGAAUGUGAAUUUCUAGUUUUGUAAAAGUGUAAUAAUGAUUUAUGUUUAAUAAAAAUAAAAAAAAAUAAAAAACAUGAGUGUGCAAAAGGAUAAAAGUACAUUGAGUUGUUGCCAAUAAAGUGCUGGAUUAAAUUCAAAUAUUACAUAUUUCUUUUUAUUAUGGGAGACUUACAAGCAACGAUUGAAUUUUCAGUGGAACUUUACAAAUUCUAUAAUGUGGACUUGUUUCAGAGGGGACUAUACCAAGUUCGAUGCUCUUUGCGGGUAUCCCCGAGACUACCAGUUCAAGUUGAAACUACAAUUUCCGAAAAAUCGCUUUCACAACCCGCACAACAACAACAACAACAGCAACCGCAACAACAACAACAGCAGCAGCAACAACCUUCAGAGGAGCAAGAUGAAGUGCAGCAAAAUUUACCACAAAAUAAUGUUCUACCAGGAUCUGCUUGUAUAAUAAAUGGUGCUGGAGCAUCACGAGUUUUCCAAAUACUCUAUCGCAAUGAGGAAGUAACACUCCGUGACGUUGUACUCUUUCGAACUCAUUUACUGGUUGACAGUCGACAUUUAAAAGAAUCAAUAGAACGAGCUGAAUUCUCUUUACACCUGGAACUAUGGUUCGGCGAACAAAACAACGGCUCAAGUAGUCUUUCAUUAGCGUCAACCAGGACAUUACAGCUGAACUUUCAUCCUGCCCGAGGCCUACACUACCAUUUGCCAGUUCUGUUCGAUUAUUUUCACUUGGCGGCAAUCAGUCUCGGAAUCCAUGCUAGUCUUGUAGCAUUACAUCAACCAUACAUUAAGAAAACUAUUUACCAUUAUGUACAACUAUGUGCUCCAAAGAGUUCCAAACCAUGGAUGAGUGGAGGAAAACUCAGUUGUCGAGGGAGUAUGUCUCCAGGACCUCUGGAGGCGGUGUUCUUUGGACCACAGGUGGUGGGUACGACCAAAUGCAGUGGCGGUGCAGCCGGUAGACUUCUGCAGUCACGACAAAUUCAUCGAGAAAUAUGUUCACUUCUCCUGGGUUCCAUAGAGACUCUCAAGCUGACUUUAAAUGAAUUUAGUACUGUGCUGACGCCUCACUUCAACAAUCUAAUUGGCUCACCUCCCUUCGAGGAGAACGAUGCAGUAGACAGAUUGCAACAAAUAACUGAUCAGGCAAAGCUGCAUGAUGGAGAAGAAGAUUUUGCUAUCCGAGCAAAUUCGGAUAUUGCACAACUAUGCGCAGAAUGUAUCAUGUUCUGGCGUCGAAUAUUGCACGCGUCAACUCAGGCAUCCAUUCACACACUGUUGGCGAAAAAACACCACAUCUUACGAGUUCGACGGUUUUCUGAGGGAUUCUUCGUGAUGGAGAAUCCACGGCAUUCAGCUGCUGGAUGCUAUGAUAGUAACUACCAAAACUACGUAGCUAUCUGUGAGAUGGCCAGAAGAAGUCGUUACAUGCAGUCACUGCCUCCACUGCCAGUUCACUGCACUCCACUCGAUGGAGACUCCAACUCGCUUCCCCUCAUUUUCGAAGAUCGCUACUUGGAUCCACCGAAGUUUUCUCGUAGGCGAACGGGUAGCGAUCCACACCUCAACGCUGUAGAUAAUGUCAUCAACAAGGCACAGCUGCCAGCAAAAACUUGCAAAACAAAUUCAAUCAACAGCUUGAAUGGCCGAAAGGACUCAUGCUCUUGUGCUGUCAACUUUGAAUACCAUAAGCCCCCAAACUAUCUGGGUGUUCUAACGCCCCGGUUUGCUCUGGGCGGUGAAAUACUUCAGGCCAGUUUAACAAUAGCUCCAGCAGCUGCUUCAACUGCUCCUCAAAAUAAUAUAAACCAACUGACAAUGUCCCGACAUUCAGUUUCCACCCUUUUAGAUGGUGUUGAUUGCUCGAUGGAAUACAGAAACGGGUACUGUGUGAUGGGCAGUGGAACUCUGCCUGCUCGACACAGCAAAUCCUUGGACCAACUUGACGGAACUGUCCACAGUACACCCUCACUAAGGCAGAACUGUAUUCAACAGUCUGACAUUUCCUUCGAAUAUAGACAACCUCAGUUGAAUGGAAAUCUUCACCUUGUCACACCCACUCCUCAGAACACAAUGAAUCGAAAGGGAAAAGUGCAGGCGGAAGAUCUCAUGCGCAACAUAAACGAGUUUCGUGAAAAAUACAAAAAGGCCGAAGAUCCGUCGCGAUGUCAGCAACAGCAACAGCAGCAGCAACAUUUUAUGAAUGGUGAUUGCAAUUUCAACGAUAGAUCAUUCAAAAAUCUAGGAGGAACACUCAACAGGUUUCCAGAUACAUCGACCAAGCCCGGAAAAUUUGACUAUCUGCAUGAAAUAAAAUUGCUUAAUCCCCCUAAGCAGCCUAGUUCGUACUACAAUUCUCUGCCUAAAGGUGGUCUGAGUGCUCCUCCCAGAAACUCCUAUCCACCAGUCCGGAGCAAAAAACACUUUCCAUGUGCAACAAGCACUCCACAGAUUCCAGUUGGUCUAACUGCUGUAAUUCCACGCAGUAACUCGUCACAAACGCUAAAAAAUUCUAAGGGCAAUAUUCUACAGAGCAAUCCGUCGACCAUUCCCCGAUCAGUAGAAAUUGCCAGAGUUAGGGUUUCCGAUCUGAAAGAAAUGCUUAAGAAUGGUACUCUCAAGAAGGAUUCCAGUAGCUCAGAGAGCGAUAUUCCCAGCAAGGUUAGGAGGUCCAGAGAGCAAAAAAUGCUGUCAUCGUCCAGUGUGCCAUUUAAACUGGAAGCACUGAAUACGGAACAGAAUCCUUAUGGAUUUAGUGAAAGCUUGCCAAAUCUGGCACCACCGCCUCAGUUUGAUACAUCACCGAUAAAGAAGAAAAUUGGCAGUACCUCAACUUCUUCACUGAGCGACCAAAGCGGCUGGGUUUCCAGCAGAAGAAGCUCGGGCCCAUCGAGUCCUGAAACUUUAACCAAUGAACAGCAGCAGGUUCAUGUGAAGAAAGAAACUAUGGUCAACGGCGAACAACUAAGACUCAAACUUCAGAAACUCCUCGACCAGCAACACAACAAAGCCCAACGUCACUCACGUUCAACAAUUGGUUCUUACAAACUCCUGAAUGGUGAUAUUCCAGUCCACAAGAAGGUUUCCACAGUGACACUGAAAUCAAAAUCAGAGCGUAAUAAAAUCGACGCUGAUCUACGGCGUUUGACGCGGAAUUUAAAUCGUAACGCCUCCGAUGUAUCAUCGAAUGCCAUUAAAGGCCCUUUUCCACGAGUUCACAGAGAAUUCUCGCUCUCAAAGAACACAUCUGGAAAUCGGGAGCCCAUUAUCACCACCAAACGCCAGAGAAGUAAAUAUGGUGAAAAAUCAAAAUCGGACUUCGAUUUGACAACUCUGAGAGAUAAUCCCUUCGAGAAUUUGCGAGUUCCACCUCCGCAACAAUUUCAAGACGAUCUACUUCCACCUGAUGAAUUCAGAGACCCACCACCAAGUUCAGAAACUAACAAAAGUGACACCAACGGAAGUUGCAAACUAAAUGAAACUAUGCCUCCACCGGCAGUUUUGCAUCCACCACCGGCCUUGAAGGAGAUCUUUCAAAGUGCUCCAGUCCAACGAAAGCCUAUAGGAGCCAUCGAUAAUCCUGUAUAUCACAUAUACGAGUCGCUAAGACCUGCCCCAACAUGCAUCAACAAUAAGACGGGUUUAAGCUUAUCGCAGAGUGUCAGCGAAAUCAAAAGACCAAAGGAUCCAAUUAUGAUGAACGGAAUCAAUGGCCAUGCCACCACGGGUGAGACUGAAGACGAGGAUAAAGAAAAUAACUGCCAACUUAUCGAUAGAUCAGACAGUCAAAAAUGGAACAGCAAAGCCAGCAAGAGAAAGUCACAGGAAUCAACUCUUUCACUGCUCGAGUUCGAGAAAUGCCGGGAAGAGUUCCGCAAACAAAUCAAAUACAACGGAGGCAUCUACUCCGAUUAUCCUAAGCUAGCAUCUGAGUUGCCAUACUUCUACAUAAGCGACGAAUACCGGGCGUUUUCACCUCACGGAAUGCAUUUAGUAAUUUGCGUCCAUGGAUUGGACGGAAAUUCCGCUGAUUUACGAUUGGUCCGAACAUAUCUAGAGCUUGGACUGCCUGGUGUAAACCUAGAGUUUCUAAUGUCUGAACGGAACCAAGGUGACACCUUCUCUGAUUUUGACACUAUGACUGACAGAUUGGUUGCUGAAAUUCUUUACCAUAUCGAAACUUGUGGCCUAAAUCCAACAAAGAUAUCAUUCGUUGCCCAUUCAUUAGGCACAAUUAUUGUCCGUUCAGCAUUGUCACGCCCCCAAAUGAGGCAACUACUGCCACGGCUGCAUACAUUCCUGUCACUUUCUGGACCACAUCUAGGAACGCUCUACAAUUCAAGCGGACUUGUUAAUAUGGGAAUGUGGUUUAUGCAGAAAUGGAAGAAAUCUGGGUCUCUUCUGCAACUUUGUUUGAGGGAUACAUCAGAUUUGCGAAACACCUUUUUAUAUCGCCUUAGUCAACGUAGUACCUUGCAUCACUUCAAAAACAUAUUACUAUGUGGGUCCAGUCAGGAUCGUUACGUUCCAGCACAUUCGGCAAGACUUGAAUUGUGUAAAGCUGCAAUUCGUGACAGCUCUAAUUUAGGAACUGUUUACAGGGAAAUGGUCCACAACAUUAUGGCACCGAUUUUGGCUCGACCCGAACUGACACUCGCACGAUAUGAUGUUCAUCAUGCCCUCCCACAUACAGCAAAUGCGCUCAUCGGUAGAGCAGCCCAUAUUGCCGUACUCGAUUCGGAACUUUUUAUUGAAAAGUUUUUACUGAUUGCAGGUUUAAAAUAUUUUAGCUAGCCGAAAUAUUAUGUAAAAGUAAUAAUCACAGAAUCAAAAUUAUUUAUAUAAGGGUAAGACAAACGUUUGUGUUUUUACUUCAUUCUAAUUUUUAUUCUUUGAACAAAACAAAAUCAAAUGAUCGAAUUAAAGUCUUAGAAAAUUUAAUCGAUUUAAAAGAGAUAAAUAAUUAGGUAUAUAGUUAAGUUAGAGAAGGAUAGAAAUAUAGAAAUAGAUAGAUAGAGAGAGAAACAAAAAAUACUCCAAAGUUAAACGUAACUAAAGUAGGUAACGGAUUUAGAAAAGUAGAUAAUAGAAUUUUCAAAUUGUAAAAGAUUUUUUCAAAAGUAUGUAAUUUGAAACUUCUCACGGCAUUUUUAAAAUCCAAAGUUUUAAAAUCCUCAACGUAUUUUAACUUAAGUGAAAUGAAAGAAAUGUUAAUGCAAAAAGUGCAGGUCCAUAGGAUAACACAACAAAAAUAAAAUGACGUAAUGUUAGUCAAUUACAGUAAAACUCACUUUAUAAAAAUAGAAUUAUAUUUAUGCCUUGAUGUGAAAGUGUAAGAUCUUAUGAGCGCAAAAUACAAGUAAAAGUUAGUUUGGCCUCGAGAUGAAAAUAAACAACGGCUCUAUUUUUACUUUUGCGGCAGUUUUCUUUUUUUUUAAUUUUUCCCAAAACUUGUUAUAAGAAAAUACUUUUAAGUUCAAAACUCUGAGGAAAAAGGGCGCCAUUAAAAAAAAAGUUUUCGGUAGAGGGGUUCAAUACAAGUAUUUUUUAAUUUGGAACUCUGAGGAAAAAGGUCAUGAGUAUUAUAACUUUGGCGCCAUGAAACAAUAAAGGUUUUCGGUAGAGGGGUUCAAAACAAGCAUUUUUUACUGUGGGAGUGGGAGUUUAUCUCACCUAGUUUUGGCGUUAGGGGCAACAAUGUUCCCGAGUUCUAAGAGUCAUGAAGUAAGGGACCACAGCAAAGGUGAAUAUGUUGACAAAGCCGAAACGUCUAACCCAAUGAACGAUCUUGAAAAUCAGAACAAUGCUUCAAGACAACACUCCACAUCCAUCAAUAUAUGGCACUUUUCUUUUAUAGAAAAUACGGCCUUGAAGAAAAAUAUAAGGACAACUUCGGAACUCAAAUAAUUUUUACUAGAUGUAAAAAAAGUAUACCCAUAUUUGAUUGAUGGAAAAGAAAGUGUGGGUUGCAACUUAAGGACGUUCACAGUGAACACCUAGAAGAUGUGUUACCGCCAAAAGCAACUUAGGCUCUUGGCCAUUAAUGGUGAACUUAACGAACUCCACAGGGACACACACACAGGGUCAACGAAUUCAUUGAACAUUAACGUGCCUAUUUUUUAAUAACUCCUGACUUACUUAAAGAUCGACUGACUGAGACCUGGAAUGCAAUUCCUUCUCAUGGUGCAUUCUGUGUUCUGAGAAAAGAAUUGCUUUACUUGACUCUGAAAAGAUGAACUUAUCAUUAACAUUGAAAGUAAAUACUAAAAAACUCUUAAGAAAGUAGUUUUAACAAUCUCAACAAACAAAAAACAAAAGUAAAGCAAACAUCUUUAACUUAGAGGAGAGCCCCUGCUUGGAUUCGCUAUAAGAUUUGGGAUGGGUACGCAUUUUAUUAUAUGAAAAGUUUCAAUUAAAAUUAAAGAAGAAAUAUAGUCUUAAUAUUUUUUUUAAUUAGAAGAGAUAAAAAGAAGUAGUUUUCAGUGUUUAAUAAAAAAUAAUUCGAUUUAUUUACAACACCAAUUACUUUUUCAUCGAUAUUCAUGAUCAUGGCUUUUUAAAAAGGUACAAUUUUAAACUGUAAAGGGCCUUGCACAUGAGCGCGAACAACGAAUUAACGAAUGGACGAACAAACGUCAUUUUACACAUUUCAAAAAGUCAAUUUCAAACAAAAACACAUUUAAAUUUUAAGAAACCAACUGACACUCAUGUUAGGAGAAUGAAAUUUGCAUUUUGUUCUCUAAAACAAGAUAAUUUUGUAAAACCAAUUUGGUAGUAACGAAUUGCAGUAUGGUUGCUACGAACUGUCAAACUCUAUUUGCGUUCCACAUACCAUCCACACUGGAACGAAUAAAUUGUUCACGCUCAACUUAACCUCAAAAUUAUAUCACUCUUGUUUUGUUUGUUGAAAAGGGUAAUCAUAAAUUGACAAUUCGUCGCUGUCUGCGAAUGAAAAUAAAGCUCAUGUGAAAGAAAAGUCAAAAUAUGCGAACAUCCACAGUUCGCAGCAGAAUUACUCUAGUAAAGAUAUAAAUCCUCGGUAGACAUAUUGGUUUCCCUACAAGCUUAACCGGAAAUCGGACUCAUAAACUUAUUUAAGUAUCGUGUGAUUUCUCCUCUAAUGUUAUGAAAUUUCCUCUAAAAAUUUAGUAUCUGAUUCUAUGUAUGCGUGAAAAUACCUCAAUAUUUCUCGUCCAACGAACGACGAAUGAAUUACAAAAUGUGAGUUUGUAUACGGUUGAAGACAUUUCCACAAAAAUUCUUAACAAAACAAUAGCAAUAUAAAUUCUAUUUGAUUUUUGAUGCAUACUUUUACUUUUCAAUAUCAUAUAUUAAUAAAUUUAAGAAAACAAAUUUAUUCGUCGCGAAAAAAAAUUGUAGUUGAUACGAACUGUCAAACUUUAUUCGCGUUCCACAUUAUCCAAACUUCAACGAAUAAAAUAAUCGUGCGUACUUAACCUAAAUAAAUCAUUUUUGUUUUGUUUUCGAUGGUGAAUGGUGUUUCUUGUCAAACUUCAUCCGCGACGAAUUAAAAACUCUCUUGUGAAAGAAAUGUCAAAAUCGACGAAUAUUCGUUCAUUCGUUGGUCGUGCUCAUGUGAAUAGUGCUUAAGUGUUGACAGUUUUUUAACUUUUUAUUUAAGAUUUUAAGUAAUUUUUUUUAAAAUUGCCCCCAAACCAAGGAGAGAUAAACCUAGUCUUCUAUAGUAAAAAAAUGCUCCCUUCACCUUUACCAAAAACCGAUGUUAUGUAUAUCUUCAAAAAAGUGUCCACUAAAACGAAUAAUUUGUUGGUAAACAAAAAGAUACAAAAUGUUAGUUGC